GCAGAGAAGGAAUAUAGCAGUUACCCAUGCAGGCUAGGAUUGAGUCCAAGGUACUUGUAAGUAGUCUUUCUUUCCAUCCUUUUGUUUCUAUAACCGAGUAUCGAGGCCAGGGAGCGCGGGGCUAACCCUACAUUUGCAUCAUGCAGGGUGUAUACGGUACAUGAUCUUUGUCCCGUAUGGACCUAUUGAUCUCCCUGCUAUUUAACGAGGAGCUGAUUACCAACUACAGUGCGAAUCUAUCUGCCGCUUCAAUGAUUUCAGGAAGUAGCCAAUUGACAACGAUUUUACAUGUUCUCCCCUGAACCUGCUUCCUUGUAGAGCGAUCUUCCAGCACUUAUUUUUGAUAUCUGCAUGCAUGCUUAAGACAAAGUCUGCGGACUUAGCUGCAACAACAUCUUGGUAAUCCACCUGUUAAGUAGAUGGGGUCAUAUGAUAACGGGCUUUGCUUUCUCACGGGGGAAUACCGUCUUCGGGAACUGAACUCGAAAGCAAACCGUCGGCACUGCCCGGAAGUGUUCGAAACUUCAAGUGAGGCGGAUCAUUAUUCAUAGAGCCAAACCAGGGAACCCGCUGGAUCGAGGUGAACUCCCGUCAGGAAAUAGAUAGCCCGAUGGAGUGAUAUCAGUGAGGUGCAAAAGCCUUCUACCCGUCAACGAUCGGGAUUUGGUGGACAGUGUCGUGCAACAACCAAAUCCCCUUGCAGCACAUCAUCUUCACCAUUGUGGAGCACGGUACUCUCUGUGCACUCAGAGUGAUCUACCGAUAAUAUACCCCGUCCCAGAAAAGCAAACCCCGAACUUACCUCUUCGCUCCUCGUCGAUCAAACCCUGAGGAGACUCGUUGUGCAUUGUGGUACGGGAUGAACCGCGCUUACGGUGGCGAUUGCGAGAGAAAAAGCAGAAACCGAAGACCGCAGGAGCCGAAUUGAAUAACAUUGAGAUUGACAUGCGGAAGAAUAUGGAACUAUAUAUGGACGCCGAGUGGUGCGAAGCCAGAUAUAAAAGGGACUUGAUCCUCAGUCUUUCACCGGCCAUUCUCAUCACAUCAACAUCCCCUCUGUCUGCCAGCUCGAGAACAAGCAAUUGAACUGUUAUAUACACGCUAUUUUCAUUCUCCGAAGAAUCUUCAACAUGGUCCCUGUUCUGAAGAAGUACAAGGCUGCCGCCGUCAACGCCGAACCGGGAUGGUUCGAUCUGGAGGAAUCCGUGAAAAGGACCAUCCACUGGAUCAAUGAAGCCGGCAAGGCUGGUUGCAAGCUGAUUGCUUUCCCUGAGCUAUGGAUACCCGGCUACCCUUACUGGGCCUGGAAGGUGAACUACCAGGAGAGCCUCCCCUUGCUCAAGAAAUACCGUGAGAACAGUCUACCUUCGGAUUCUGAGGAGAUGCGCCGCAUCCGCGAGGCCGCCCGCAGCAACAAAAUCUACGUCUCCCUGGGCUACUCCGAGGUCGACCUGGCCAGUCUGUACACCACGCAGGUCCUGAUUUCGCCUUCGGGCGAUAUUCUGAACCAUCGCCGGAAGAUCAGGGCCACCCAUGUCGAGAGGCUGGUCUUUGGAGAUGGUACUGGUGAUACCACUGAAUCCGUCGUUCAGACAGAAAUUGGUCGUCUCGGCCACUUGAACUGCUGGGAGAACAUGAACCCAUUCCUGAAGGCCUACGCCGCUUCCUUGGGUGAGCAGGUCCACGUUGCUGCCUGGCCCUUGUAUCCAGGCAAGGAGACGUUGAAGUACCCUGAUCCGUACACCAAUGUGGCCGAAGCAAAUGCCGAUCUUGUGACACCAGCAUAUGCCAUCGAAACAGGCACCUUCACCCUGGCACCCUGGCAGUCGAUAACCGCCGAGGGAAUUAAGCUGAACACUCCCCCAGGCAAGGAGCUGGAGGAUCCGCACAUCUACAACGGACAUGGCCGCAUCUUUGCGCCUGAUGGACAAAACCUAGUCCCUCACCCGGAUAAGGACUUCCAGGGCCUCCUCAUUGCGAAUAUCGACUUGGAUGAAAUCCAUCUCACCAAAUCCCUGGCUGACUUUGUAAGUCCACACACUUUUUUUUUUUUUUUUCAUAAAGCUAAUGUUUUCUCCAGGGCGGCCACUACAUGCGCCCCGACCUCAUCCGCCUUCUUGUGGAUACUAACCGUAAAGACCUGGUCGUUCAUGAAGACCGAGUCAACGGAGGAGUUGCGUACGUGAAGACGGUCGAUCGGGUUGGGCUCUCCACGCCGUUGGAUGCUGCAGAACCGGAGUAAGCAGACCAGAACCAGCUGGAAGUGAUGAAUUAGACUAGAGAGCAAAAUACAGCAAUAUAUCUUGGUGUUAAGAUUGCAAAUAGGCUUUCCACAUGGGCGCU